GAAAAAAAUAAUUUUUAUGGCCCUACUUGCUCCGCACUAUUAAAUUGAACUGACCCUACCGACUUGUUUUCUUGAAAACCCAACUAAAGCCCUCGUAGCGGAGAGUUUCUCAGAAGGGAGAGUCGAUCUCCGAAGUCGAAUCAUGUACGGUGGUGAUGAAGUGUCAGCAAUUGUGAUAGAUUUGGGUAGCCAUACUUGCAAAGCUGGUUACGCUGGCGAAGAUGCUCCCAAAGCCGUUUUCCCAUCUGCUGUUGGAUCAGUUGAUCAAAUGGAAGAUGAUAAUCCUGAUAAUCCGGAGGAUAAUUCUGGAUCUGCUCUUGAUUCUAAAUCAAAGGUUAAGAGAAAAUUGUAUGUGGGAUCUCAAGCCUUGGGAUUUCGCCGUGAUUUCAUGGAGGUGAUAUCGCCCAUCAAGGAUGGGGUGGUUGUGGACUGGGAUAUUGUAGAAAACAUAUGGGACCAUGCUUUUAGGGAAUGCUUACUGAUCAAUCCAAAGGAGCAUCCAAUGUUACUUGCAGAGCCUUGUUCAAACACUCAGCAGCAGAGGGAAAAGGCUGCAGAAAUGAUGUUUGAAAAAUACCAAGUUCCAGCAUUGUUUUUGGCCAAAAAUGCUGUUCUCACAUCUUUUGCAUCAGGACGUGCAACUUCUUUGGUUGUUGACAGGUAGGAUGUUAUGUUCUACUUACUGGCAAUUUGCAUUGAAUUACUUAUUUGACUUGUCUUGCCAAUAACAAAGUUCUUUUGCUGAGUUAUCUCAUUUCUCAGCCUUAAUAUCAUUUAUCUUAUCUGCAUUAUACACGUUGUACCUUACCUUUUAAGUGGCAACAACAAACCCAGUGUAUUCCCACUUAG